UUGAGCUGUCAAAGCGGUUUCCGCUUUCUUUCCGUGCGGUUCUUAAACAUGACUGGUUUAACGAACAGGGCCGUUGUUAUUGAUGGUCGCGGCCACUUGCUUGGCCGUCUAGCUUCCGUUGUCGCCAAGUACCUGCUGCAAGGCGGUAAAGUCGCCGUGGUGCGAUGUGAGGAGCUGAACCUGUCGGGUCACUUCUAUAGAAAUAAAAUCAAGUACUUGGCUUACUUGCGCAAACGUUGCAAUGUGAAUCCAGCUCGUGGUCCUUUCCAUUUCCGUGCCCCAUCCAGAAUCUUCUACAAGGCUGUACGAGGCAUGAUCCCACACAAAACCAAGCGUGGUCAGAAGGCUCUCGCUCGUCUGCGUGUCUUCGAUGGCAUCCCAUCGCCCUAUGACAAGCGUCGUCGCGUCGUUGUGCCUAUCGCUCUGCGUGUGCUCACCCUGCGCUCCGAUCGCAAAUACUGCCAGGUUGGACGUCUCUCGCACGAGGUUGGCUGGCACUACCAGGAUGUUAUCAAGAGCCUGGAGCGUAAGCGUAAGGCCAAGUUGGGCGUCACCCUGAAGCACAACAGACAGAUGAAGAAACUGACGGUACAGGCACGCGAGAACAUCGCCAAGGCGGCCGAGCCGUUCAACAAGAUUAUUAGGUCGUACGGCUACGAAGUUUAAGCGCAAACUUAUACCUACAAAACUCUGCAGCAAAGUUUACGUGCAAAGACGUAUCGGUUUUUUAAAGAAUAAAUCAACAACUAAGUAAUUUCAA